CCAGCAGUUCCGUGCUACCUGCGCUAGCCUGUUAUGUUAUUUUAUAUAUGGAAUAAUGGCAGCAGUAAUAAAGCAGAUAACAUCGAAUAUAUUUUUGACUUUAUGUCUUUACACAGGGCCAUAAAGGGGAAAAAUAUUUGGAUAAUCAAUGACGGCUUGUUUUGUUAAGUUCUUCCGGGUCGGUCAGUAGGUGAGCUUCAUAUUAGCAUGCUCCUAGCAUACUCAGGUUGACUUUGGUCAUCUCUCCUUUUGUUUUCAUUUUCGUUUCUCUUAAAAAAAAAAACUACGCUCGUCAGUCGUGAUGAGCAUCAUGAUCAGACCAGUAUUUCUGACCAGGUUCACCUCUCAGGCCCUGACCUGCACCAGAAGAUCAUUUCUUCUCUCGGGCUGCUAUCAGCCUCGUUCAGCUCACACUCCGUUCCUUCAAAGCUGUCAUGGAACCCUCACGCCAAAAAUCACAACCCUGGUCAGAUACUCUGACCUAUCAACACAGAAAUACUCUAUGAUUUACACCCUGCCUCAUAUUAGGCUCCUGAGAGCUAUGUCCAGGCUCAAGCUGUUUCAGACUGCAGUCACUUUGAUCCUCUUGCCCCCGGUGUACUUUCUCUACUUCCAAGGAAUUGUCUCCCUAUUUCUAGUCAGCUACUCAACUGGGAUUGCUCUUUUUGCUGGUGGCAUGCUCUACAUUGCCAGUCACCUCUUCAGAAGAGUUGUGGGAAUGAUGUACCUGGACCCAUCCCUAACCACGCUCAAAGUUUCUCACCUCACUUUCUGGGGUAAACGUCAAGACAUCUACCUUCCUGUGUCAGACGUUAUGACCAUUGCGGAUACUGGAGACUCUGCAAGUGAGACUAUACUGAAACUGAAGAGAUACAGCAGUCCAGACACAUUUUAUUUCUCCACUCGUUUUGGACGAGUCGUGGAUAAGCAAGGCUUUGAGAAAGUUUUCGGAAGUUUUCAGUAGUUGCUUGCAUAAUCGAUAGGACAGUAGGACUGGACUGAUGAAAAUGGAAUGAAUGUACAAUCACACAUAUUGUUUGCACUGACUGUUAUUGAAAAUAAAUAGUAUAAAGAUGAAAAUUCUUGGGGAUUU